UCCUUCACCGUUUGAGACACUAAACACUUGAUAUUUAAUUUCUUAAAUUAUUAAGUAUAUAAAUUAUUAUAACUGAACAAAAGUCGGAAUCCGCACCGGAGAGAAAUAAAACAACCAAGGCACUCGGCCGCUCCAAUGCGAAUCUCAUUUAUUGUAAAAAACUUCACAAUAUAUACCUUUUGUACGAACCACUCGAUAUCGCGAUACAAAGUUGCGGACUUCACAUAGACUGCCAUCUAUCGGCACAUCGCGUCGAAUGGUCGAUUAUACAAUAACUUCCAAGGAUUUUAGCUAGGGUAGGCACUAUUUGUACGGAUUAUAUAUAUAUGUAUAAUCAGUAAUAAUAUAUAUAAAACUAGCCCACGCCACGCGGUUUCCCCGCGUAUUUUCCGUUCUCUUGAAUAAUUUAUUAAUCCCUUUAUUGAGAAUACAGCGAUAAAAUAUUGCAUAUGACACUGACAAAUAACGUGGUUUUCUAGUGGUAACAGAAUUUUCAAAAUCGGUUUCACUAGACUGGAUCUAUUGAACCUAUUUUGAAAAAUUCUUUAUUUUUUGGCGAAAUCUCUGGAGAUUAACCUGCAAUGAACCUACAAUCUCAGGUUUGAGGAUUUCUACCCAAAAUGAAAUUAUCUCCGAGCUAAUAUCGAGCUGUAUAAAAUUACGAUAGAAAUUAACAAAAAUCUGCAUAAACUAGAAAUUCCUCUUCCAAUUUGAAAGUCGGAUAAUCCAAUGAAAUAGUUAUUAAAGCUUAAUUGUUCUAAUUGGAUGUAAAACGUUUAGUUGCAUACUUUUGUAGGUACAUGAAAAGGGUGGGGUUUGAAUCAUAACACUGUGAAAAUAUUAUGAAGGUACUGCACUCUACAUGUCUAUGGUAAUAACAUGUAGUAGAUAAUAAGUGUGUGUUGUAGUUAAUAAAUAUAUUUUUUUAAUGAAUAUUUGCCAUAUUAUAUUUUAAAUAUGACCAAUACUCCCAUUCCUCUUCCUCUCCAACUAGUCGGAAAAGACCAUCGAUCGUAGAUCGUUAGAUGGGCCUCAAAGCGUCGCGGAAUUGUCAUUGGUUUCACACAUUAAGUACGUCAUCACUCGUAACACAUUUCUCUUUAUUCAUGUUGUGGCUUGUUUUUUUACACUUCCUAAAUGAACAUGAAGGCAUAAUUAAGGGAUUAAAACAAGAAAAAACAGUAAAUAUUUUUUUUUCACUCACAGCAUGCGCUUGUUACGUACUAGGAUAAGAUGUGCGUGCACCUCUUUGGGUAAUGACAUAAAAUUGUGUGUUCUUUAAUAUGGAGGGGCCCAUGUAACGAUUUAAAUCAAUGAGAAAAACUGUAUUAGUGGUGGAGUGGGUACAACAAUUAGACCAACGGGGCGGGGAUCAAACCAACACCCCUCGGUGAUGAGUCCGACCGCUCUUACCGUUGAGCUAUUGAGGCUCAAUUAUGCAUACAAACCACCAAUAUAAAAGCUAGUUAAGUCCAGUUGAAAAUUUUGUGAAAUUAAUUAUACCUACCUUCCCCUUGUAAUUGGUAAAUUAAUAAGUCCAUAAUUAUAUUCAUUAUUUAACUUCAGAUAAGGAGGAAUAAUACAAUAAUGAGAAGGUAUAAUUAAAAUGACUUUCAUAGUUUGGUACAAAGUUUCUUGAAAUAGUUAUUAUGCUAGCGUCUAGAAGGUAAAUUUGAAAUUUCCAAAUUUUCUUGAAAUUAUUAUUAUGCUAGAGUCUAGAAGGUGAAUUUGAGGAUUUUCGCUGUUUACCAUUCUCCAAGAAAUUGGCUACCUACGUAAGAGUCUAUAUCUUACAAAAUUUAAUUUUCUAAGUCAGACAUUGAAGUCGAAUUGUGUCGAAUAAAUGUAUGUUCCUACCUCCCAGUAUAAAUUCCUAGCUUGGUACCUACUUCGACGGUUCGACGCGUAUGUUUUUUUCUUCAUUUAAUGUUUGUUAUAUUUUAUCUCCGUCAUUUCUUAACCGUUUUUGAAAAUUUUAUUUUUGUUUGAAAAAGUAUACUUCCAGAUUGGUCCCAUUUAAUUUUCAUGAAAAUCGUUUUAGUAGUUUUGUGUUCAAAUUAAAAUAACGAACUACUGUGCUCUGCGCUAUCGUUCACUAUGGACUCAAUAAAAACUGACAAAUAAAAUCUUUUUAAUAAAAAAAUUGAACCGACUUCAAAAUCUCAAAAAUAAACUAAAAAGCGAAAAAUAACACCGUAUGUGCUUCUGAUCACUUUGAAGGCGGUGCCAACACAGCGACGUAUAAAUUAAAGCCCAUUUUGAAAGAACCACGGGAAAGAACUGUCGUUGCAUCCUUAAACUUUAUGAUUUAAUAAUCGGCUUGAGUUAAUGUGUCGUCGUUAUCAACCCAUAUACGGCUCACUGCUGAGCUCGAGUCUUCUCUCAGAAUGAGAGGGGUUAGGCUAAUAGUCCACCACGCUGGCCCAAUGCGAAUUGGCAGACUUCACACACGCAGAGAAUUAAGAAAUUCUCUGGUGUGCAGGUUUCCUCACGAUGUUUUCCUUCACCGUUUGAGACACGUGAUAUUUAAUUUCUUAAAAUGCACACAACUGAAAAGUUGGAGGUGCAUGCCCCGGACCGGAUUCGAACCCACACCCUCCGGAAUCAGAGGCAGAGGUCAUAUCCACUGAGCUAUCACGGCUCUUAAGUUAAUGUGUAGGACGCCUUAUUUUCUAUUGAUUGACACUAUUACAACUGUCCGCUUGAAAUUUGAUUUUACUCUGUUUAGCGAUAGUUUUCCAUUGCCACUUUAACAAAAAAAUACAAAAUUCUCCCAUUCAAAAGCGAGCAGUGAAAAUUAAUAAUGAUAGUGGGUUUUAUGUACAUAGAUUGGUCAAUAAAUAAAAUUACCUACCUAAGUUAAUUAAUGGGCCAUUUUAGUAUACGCUGAAGCAAAUGUUUACCUGUAACAUUGACAAGAAUCAUUACGUUAAUUAAAUUUUCUUCAUUGUAGGAAAAGUUUUUAAAUUUUUUUUUACAAAUGAUCAGAAUUGUUGCCUGGAAGUCAAAUACGAGUAUACCCUUACGUGCAUCGGAUGUAAGUAUUCUUUUUUUUUUAUUAUCUACAAGUUAGCCCUUGACUACAAUCUCACCUGAUGGUAAGUGAUAAUGCAAUCUAAAAUAGAAGCGGGCUAACUUGUAAGGAGUAGGAUGAAAUCCACACUCAUUUCGGUUUCUACACAUCAUACCGGAACGGCUAAAUCGCACGGCGGUACGUCUUUGUCGGUAGGGUGGUAACUAGCCACGGCCGAAGCCUCCCACCAGCCAAAGUCUUACCAGCCACUCGUAGUUAACUAUGAUUUACUUAUUGCCUCAGACCAAUUACCUUUGAACUUGCACAGACCUGGAUCAAUUAAGAAAAUCUCAAUCUGCCAAGCUGGGGAUCGAACCCAGGACCUCCGUUUUGUAAAUCCACCGCGCAUACCACUGCGCCACGUCAAAAUUACCUACAAUAAAUGAAUAAUAAGUAUAAUACUUGAAAAUAUAAAGCUUAGUAAAUUAGAUAAGCAAUCAUACACGUAUGUACCUAACCUACUACGAGUAUAUGCUUGGCAUUUGCUGUAGCUGUAAUAUAAAUAUGAAAUAAUUAUAGUUUGUUAUUUAAGCUUUGUUUUAGAUACCAGAUUAACUUUACAUUACCAAGAUGCAUGGACGAUUACGUAACAAUUUGAAGCUCAUAAUUCAACAGCAUAUGCUCAGAGCAGGGAUCUGGAGCGACUCAAGCACGUAUGGCAUCCACUGGGCGGCCAAGGCUUCAAUCGUUGCAUUCAUCUUGACAAACAUAACACAAGCUAUAACACUAUUCACUACUAAAGGAGAUUCGAAAGCGCAGCUCGCUUGUUUCAGCGUACUAUCCUUCUGUUUCAUGGGAUUGUUGAAACUUUCCUGUUUGGUUUUGAAACAGAAGCAUUGGCGUAACCUUCUCAGUCAAGCGAUUGCAUUGGAAGAUGAACAAUUGAAUAACCGUGAUUAUAAAUAUGACUAUGACUCUGAUGAUGAAGAGGAUGACACUUUUAAUGAACAAAUAACUUCGUACACAAAAAAGAUGUCAGCUAUCUCCACUUGGUUGUCAAGGGUUUAUGUUUUUACUGCAAUAGUGUUCAUGGCGUCGCCGUUUGUUGAGUACGGGUUAGGUGUGAUCCAGGGUAAACCUAUGGAUCGAUACGCUCACAUACUACCUUGUUGGAGUCCACUAGACAUUAGUGUGGUUGGCUAUAUGGUGAAUAUUUUGGCUGAGAUUGUAGCCUCUUUAUACUGCGUGAGAGUGCAUAUAGCUUUCGAUUUGACCGUAAUAGGCUUGAUGGUGUUCAUAUGCGGACAGUUCAAUUUACUUCACAAAUAUAGCGAACGUAUCGGGGGAAAAGGCGAGAACUGCGAGCUAUCAAAUAGACGGGAUAUCAGAGCGCAUUUCAGGAUCACCAAAUGCCAUUAUAUUCACGUAUUUGUAUUGAAAUCAGUAAACGAGCUCGGCAAGUUGAUCAAGAAUAUUUUGGGAGUAUACUUCACUCUCGCAACCUUAACACUUUGUUCAAUCGCUAUGCAGCUCAAGUCGGAACAUUUGAGUGCUGCGCAGAUAAUAUCGCUGUUGCAGUACAUGGGAGCGACCCUCAUGCAACUUUUCCUCUUCUGUCAAUACGGGGACGCAGUCUUUACGGAUAGUUUCGUGAGCUUAGGAGAAGGGCCGUUUUGCUCAGCCAGCUGGUGCCUCAGUCCAAAGAUACGUCGCGAGAUAGCAAUGCUAUGCAUCGGCAUGUCUCGACCAAGCAGGAUGCUCGCCGGACCUUUCAACUCCUUGGACUUGCCGUCAUUUAUCCAGAUCAUACGUGCCGCUUACAGCUACUACGCUGUUUUAAGACAGACGUCGAAAUAAUAUUUAUAUUACGAUGAUAAUUUAUAAUUAAUAAUAUAUCUACGUAACUCUACUAUGACUACUUUUGUACCUCUGCAUUUAUCUGUCUAUCUAAAAUAUUUUUUUGUUAUGUCAUUUUAGACCCCUUUUUUACGUAGUCGGGUUAUAUAAAUUCUGUUAAUUAUAAAUCCCGUAGGAACCGUGUUUUUUCCGGGAUGAAAGUAUUAGUCCAGAGUAAAUAUACAACGUGUCCCAAAAUUCAACGAUAAGCGGGCGCCAAAAGAUUGACCUGCUCAUGAGCACUUAAGGAAAAAUAAUAAAAAAAAUAUACCUAAAUUUUUUUUUUAGUUACAAAAUAAAUUUUAAAAUUCUUUGAAAAUUUACACCUUGUAUGAUAUUUUGAACUACCGCAGCUACAAUUUCUUAAAUAUGCUUAAGAUUUUUUUUGUAUCGGAACCUAAGUAGUACUACUAUUCACCACAACUCUUAAAAACACCACAAUGCCCGCAGUUUUUACACAAAAAAAAAUCAAAAUAUUUUUUUUCCCUCAAAUUUUUAAAGAUUUUUACUUUCAGUCUACUUUGACUCAUGGUCUUGCAAAAAAAAGUAUGAACACCGCUAUGGCAAGUUAUUUUCAAAGUUGACGCAACUAAUCAAGAUUUCAAAAUAGUAUAAUACCCUAGGAUAACUAGUCACAAAAAAAAAUAUGCGUACCAUUUGUAAACAAGAACCAAAUUUCUUAAUUGUUCUUGUUGUUAGUAAUAAAUUUUACUAUGUUCCAAAAAUGUGUUUGUUAUUUUAAUUACACAACAUUAAAGUAAAUGUUCGAAUUGUUUUCCACCGGCAUUAAUACAGGCACGACAUCGCCUUAAAAACGACCGUUUUAUUUUUCGCGCAUAUCUUCUAGCAUUGAUAUGUGCCGCAGCCUGAGUGAUUUUUUGCCGAAGCUCGUCCAAUGUCGUAAUCGGUUUUGCGUAGAUCCUGUCUUUGAGACAACCCCAAUAAAAGAAAUCCAGGGGGUUUAGGUCGGGUGAUCGGGGUGGCCAUAGGAUAGGACCAAGUCGCCCGAUCCAACGCCCCGGAUACUCGUGGUCUAGGUAUUGUCUCACAGGACGAGCGUAGUGAGCUGGGCAACCAUCAUUUUGAUACCACAUAUUUUGAAGGUCGCUUAGGGGGACGUCUUCUAGUAAUUCUUGCAAAUCAUUUUGUAAAAAGUUCAAAUAACUGUCCCCAUCUAAGUUUCCUUGUAAUUCAAAAGGCCCAAUCACUUUUCCAUUUAAAAUGCCCGUCCAUAAGUUGACCUUAAAUUGAUAUUGGGAUUUGUCUUCUCUCAUCAGGUGCGGAUUCUCAUUGCUCCAGCUGUGUAGGUUGUGAAGAUUUAAAUAGCCAUCUUUCUUGCAGGUUGUUUCAUCCGACCAUAGUACUUUAUCCAAGAACUGAGGAUCUUCCCGAUGCUUUUGAAGCAUCACUCGGCAAAAUGCGAUCCGCAGUGGAUAGUCCCGUGAUAGUAACGUUUGUACACGUCUGUAAUGAUAUGGGUGUAGCCGAUGACGUUUUAGUAUUCGAUGUGCUGAACUUUUUGGGAUUCCCGUAGCUGCUUCUAUGGCACGCACUGAGGUAGUUGAAUCAAUGUUUAUUUCAUUGAGAACUUCUUCAUCGCAUUCCGAUCUAGGUCUUCCAGCGUUUCUUCUAGCUGACGGCAAACGACCCUCCGAAAACGCUUGAUGCACAUUCAUAAAUACCCGAUAAUCUGGAUAUCUUUGAGCGUUUGGGUACCUUUCUCGAUACAAUCUGCUAGCAGCGUUAGCAUUGCACCGACAUUCUCCAUAAAUGAGAUGCAUGUUAGCGUAUUCCAUCGGCGUGUAUGGUUGCGGCAUGAUAACGCUAAACAGUCCAAAAUACACCAAAAGUCCAAUUCACAAAACACAGGCACAGUCCAAAAUAAUGCCAGGUCAGUUCAGUUUGCAGAUCACUUAAGUCCAGUCCAAAAUGCAAAGCCAAAAGUCGUUAGUACGAGAGCCACGUCAAUUGAAUACGGAAAGUUGCGCAGUAAACAAAGGAGCAGAGCGUACUGACUUGCUGGGAACAGGAUUUUCUUUACCUGCAUCAUUGUCAUUCAACAAAGAACAUCUGUCUAUCCCUCUCUAACGUAUACUUAUCGCUAUCUUUCUCUCUCUCUCUCUCUCUUAUUUUUAAAUGUUAUCGUUCGUUCCAUUAAAAUUCUAGGAAAUUGCAACGUAUGACUCACAUCAUUUUGUGCAUAAAGUAAAAGUGAUUUCUAGGAGCAAAAACAUUUUAGAAAUUUAGUUCUUGUUUACAAAUGGUACGCAUAUUUUUUUUUUGCGACUAGUUAUCCUAGGGUAUUAUACUAUUUUGAAAUCUUGAUUAGUUGCGUCAACUUUGAAAAUAACUUGCCAUAGCGGUGUUCAUACUUUUUUUUGCAAGACCAUGAGUCAAAGUAGACUGAAAGUAAAAAUCUUUAAAAAUUUGAGGGAAAAAAAAUAUUUUGAUAUUUUUUUGUGUAAAAACUGCGGGCAUUGUGGUGUUUUUAAGAGUUGUGGUGAAUAGUAGUACUACUUAGGUUCCGAUACAAAAAAAAUCUUAAGCAUAUUUAAGAAAUUGUAGCUGCGGUAGUUCAAAAUAUCAUACAAGGUGUAAAUUUUCAAAGAAUUUUAAAAUUUAUUUUGUAACUAAAAAAAAAAUUUAGGUAUAUUUUUUUUAUUAUUUUUCCUUAAGUGCUCAUGAGCAGGUCAAUCUUUUGGCGCCCGCUUAUCGUUGAAUUUUGGGACACGUUGUAUGUAUAUUUCCAUUCCAUAUUUCAG